AAAUUAUUCCAUUGAAGUCAAUUGUGUCGCCUAUAUUAGAGUGUGAUGGAGGGUCGCUCAGUGUAGAUAGCGUAACAGUACCGGAAUGAUGUAAAUCAUUGUUAUAUUCGUUCACAUCCCAUAUAAAUAUGAAUUAAAUUAAUAUUAAAUUAAAAUAAUUACCAAUAUUAGUAAAAUAGAAGCCAAAUACAGUGUCACAAAGAGAAAUAGGUAUAGCAGCAAUGGCAUCCAAAAUAGCCAACUUGUGGCGUCACUCGCUGAAGAAGAGGCCGGUCAUCACCAACACUGUGGUGUACGCUACGUUCUACACUGCAGCAGAGUUGUCCCAGCAGACCUUUAAUAAGAUUUAUUCGCCGGAAAAGCCAGAGCUCGAUUUCGCAUCAGCUGGUCGCAUCGUUGCAGUCGGCAGUUGCUUGUAUGCACCUACACUAUAUUACUGGUACAAAUUCCUGGAUAAAAAGUUUGUUGGAACAGCUGUAAAAGUCGUAGCAACUAAAGUGGCGUCCGACCAACUCAUAAUGACUCCAACGUUGCUAGCAGCAUUCUAUACAUUACUGGGAGUUCUAGAGCGCAAAGAAGACGUUUUCGAAGAGCUAAAAGACAAGUACUGGAAGACGUUCGUCGCUAACCAAGCCUUCUGGAUUCCGGGACAAACCAUUAACUUCUUCUUUGUACCCAGCCACCUACGAGUUGUUUAUGUGGCCUCGGUGUCUUUUGUAUGGAUCAAUGUUCUCUGCUUCAUAAAAAGACAGAAAGUUGUCAAAGUGGACGAAAAUCAAGAAAAGUUACAUAACUGAGAAAAUUUUCUCAGACAAUAGUACAAUAUCUUAAACAAUAAUAAGUGCAAUAUCUUAGACUUAUGCUCAGUGUUUUUGCAGUAUGAAAAGCAGUAAGUAUAAGUAACCCGUCUCUGGUAUGCAAUUUCAGUAAGACUCGGGGUGGUAUAUUACCAUAUUGGGCCCUUGAUAAACAUGAGCGAAGCGAACGCAAGUUUUUUUCUUAAAUUUUACAGUAAUGAACCUUAAGAUACUAACUACUAAUCAGAUUUCCAUAAUCUAUCGAUGGACUUCCAUCCUUCGGUUGGGAUAACACCGUAAAAAAUUUAGAGUUCCAGUCAGUAUUGGAACUCUGGACCUAUUUAAUGCGUCGAGGCCUAAGUUAGAUGUUUCUUCUUCUCUCUGGGCUGGUUUCCGCACUUAAACGUUUCCGUCUGUUGUGCGUAAGUUACAUGUUUAUCAGUGGUAUGGAAGGUAUUUAUAAGGCUUGAGAUCACAUCCACCUACAGCCAGAUAAGAUAUUUAAAUGUAAACUGUUCCAUAUGUUAUAUUUAUCCAUCAUUCCAAUGUUACCUAGCAUUUAAAUUAUGUCGAUUUAGGUAUAACUAUAAUAAUGUUGUGUUAAUGGUUAAGUGUUGGAUAUUUUGAAGAAAGCGAAGCGAUAUUUUUAUUUUUAACGAUAUUGUUGAAUAAAUACAAUUUUUAUUUUAUUA